AUGGCGCCCGGAACGCGCAGAGGUAACCGGAGCGGCUAUCCGGAGCAUGAUGACUUCGAGGGUCUUCCGGUCCGACAAUGGCGACAAGAACACGUGAAUAUCGCCCCCCCACCACCCCAAGAGCUCAUGCAGUUGAACGAUCGCUGGGCCCACGAACUUCCUUGGGGAAUGCCUAAGGAUUGGAACCUUCUGCCGCCGCAUAGCCAGGAGCUUCUGCGAGCAGCCCGGUCCGGCCGCUUAUACAAGCGCCCUGCACCACCUGAGGAGGAAGAAAAUGCAGAAAACGCAGAGGAUAAGGCCGCAUCUGGGGAGAAGCAAGAGAAGAAGGAAGAACCGGUUGUCAACGGCGUGAUGGUUAAGAUAUGGCGGCCAGUUCCUCGAAAUGUUGAGAGCGCGACCGUUUCACACCUUGCUAAGCGACACAAGUCGACAGUGACGCUGCCCUCGAUGGCUGUCGCUAUCCAAACUGCCGGCGCUACGAUAACCCGAGCGACGAUCCGCAAGAUCGACGCUGCCGGCAACCCUUAUGAGCAGACCAUCACACUGACGGAGGGCCAACAUGUUGAUGGCGAGAUCAUUUCUACCAGUGUGGUGCCCGCACCCACGGCUGGCAAUGGUGAUGCCAGGCUACAGCAGCCAGCGCCGGUCAGGAGAAAGCCCCCUCCUCCAAGAAGGAAGGCUAAGGGCCCUGGCCGAGGUAGAAAGAAGAAGCUCAUGCCCGCUGCUGGGGAACAGUUGUCGCAUGUGCCGCCUCCGGCUGGAGCUCAGGCAGCUACCGCAGAGGGAGGAGCUAUCAAGCCAGAGAACGGCCAGGACGGUUCUACGAACCAAGACAGCGAAAUGGCAGACACUUCGCAAGUUCCUUCCGAGGACGAAGAGGGCGAGGAUGGUGAGGAAGGCGAUGAUGACGACCAGGAGGAUGAAACACCUGACCGUGAGAACGAACAAGACCAAGACAAGGACCAGGAGAUGGAGGACUCGCCGGCUCCGCUUCAGACCGAGCCGAAGUCCGACCAGAAACAGGAGCAAGAGCAGGAAUCAGAGCAGGCACGUCAAGUACAAGAAGGACUAUCCGCUGCUGAGACCACUCCCGAUCCGGCAGCCCUGGCGCCUCCAGAAUCUACCAUAGCUCUCGAAGGGUCACCUCUCAAGAAUAUGGUGCUACAGUCUCCCACCGAACCAUCGCCUAUUCUCUCGCCUUCCGCCGCAGCAACCGUUCCGACUGUAGUGCCCGAGCCUGCAGAGCCAGUCGCAGCACCUGCCCCAGAAGCAGUGGACGUAGAGAUGCUUUCUGCCUCAUUAGCCAGUGCAGCAGCCGAACCCGAGCCAGCACAGCCGCCGGCUAGCACAGUCGAGACUGUUGCUCAGUCGAGCAGUGUGUCGAGCGUUUUACCAUCUCUCCGAGGCGAACCUGAGCCCGAAAAGCCAGUCGCCGAGGGCGCGGACUUGAUUCUUGAAGACAAGGAAGCGCCAGCGGAGACGGAUGUCGAAAGCAAUGUCGAAAGCAAACCGCCAGCGACUCUUCCUUCAGAGCUCUCGGACGCCGUGCCGAAAGAAACACCUGCUAUUUCCGAACUUGAAAAUACUGAGGAAACGGCGCCAACUGAAGCAAGCCAGGACCCUACUGCGGCGGCGACAGUGCCGACGGAUGAAGAACCGACCCAAGCAGCCGGCGUGGUGCCCGUGCCGGAGGAGCGGCCAGAGGCAGACGUAGUCCCGCCAAAGUCACCGAUACCAGAUGUCCCAGCUCCUGAAGCCGAGCCCACAACUGAAGCUGCAACGAUUCCGGAUCAACAGUCCGCUGCAGUAGGAGAGGACGAGGAUGGGCCUAACUUGCUCAGUAGCCUAGAAGCAGAGCUGGACCGCCAAGAAGCAAGUAAGAUCAGCGGGCCCGAAGAGGCUGCGCCCGUUCCCACGGACGAACCCGCGGGUGAAAGUGCGCCUCCAAUAACGGGGGAGCCCUUGGCUGCCCCAGAAACCUCGCACACCGAGGGCGAGAAGGAUGAGAAUGCCGAGAGUAAGGAAUAG